UUACACGUCGCAUUACAUUUUCUUCCGUCACAAAUCCAACACCGACUGGCCAUCUGGAACUUAUUUUAUUCCUUCAAAAUUAUCAUGGGCAAAUUUUCUCCUUGUUUCUUGCUUUUUGUUAUAUUCACCACUUCAAAUAUAGUUUACGGUCUAGAUGAAAAUUCUGUAAAAGAAAAGAAAUGUUUCGAACCGGACCUUUCUUCUGUGGACCUUGAUUACGGUUGGGUGUUCUCCUUCAACCGAUGGUAUUUUACCCACAUGAGCAAACUCGACCUUUACAGGUCGGCGUGGGACACUUUACAAAAAAAGACGACAGAUAUCAAAGAAAAUGAAGUGGAAACGCCAUGCCUUUACGCGGAUUGGGAAGGGUUCACCCCAUCAAUGACUGGGUUCGGGGAGAAGACGUUAGAAUAUGACAUCACCCCAAAUUUGGACAACACCUUCAAUUUUGCUACAUCUUGGAGAAAUGGGGUCGGAGGGAAAAUGUCAUUGGUGAAAACAAACAACAAAAACUAUCUGCUCUUUGUCAAGUGUUGGGAUCAUGAUGACCAAAUGUCCUGGAAUGUAAUGGCAACCACUACCACUCUCGGAGAACAGGAGAAGAAAGAAAUUUACGACAAAAUUGAGUCACUUGGAUUUUCAAAAGAAUUUAUUUUCGAACAAAAGUUUGACACUUGCAAAAUUAAAGAGAAAAAGAGCGAGUUGUGAAAUGAAAAUGUGAUCCAAGAAUAAAAUAUAAUUGUGUCGUCAAA